AUGAGCCUUGUGGACGAGUCGCCGACGACACGAUACUACGAUUUCGUCGUUGAGGAGGCGACGGGGGCUCCGGAUGGAGUGGAGAAGCUAAUGCUGGUUGUGAAUGGCAUGUAUCCGGGCCCAACGAUAGAGGCCAACGUCGACGACAGGAUCGUCGUGAAUGUCACGAACAGAAUGCCGAAUGUUACCGCGAUUCACUGGCACGGUCUGUUUCAGAACGGGACAAACUACUACGAUGGCACCGACGCCAUCACACAGUGUGGUAUACCUCCGGGCGAGUGGAUGGUCUACAACUUCACGUUUGACGACUGGACGGGAAGCACAUGGUGGCAUGCCCACGUGGACACGCAAUACACCGACGGCAUCACCGGCGCGCUGAUCGUCCAUGGCCGGAAUGAGUCCGUGCCCGCAUACGACGAGGACCUCGUUAUCCAAGUUUCGGACCUGUAUCACGGCUUCUCUGCAGACUUGCUGGAGUACUACUUCACCCCUGGAGGCAUCGACGGUACGCCCGGAAACGAGCCUGUGCCCGAUGGCGGCACCAUCAACGGCGUAGGCCAAUACAGCUCGCACAAUACUUCGUUCUUCAACUUCACCCUACAGCCGGACAAAAUGUACCGCUUGCGAAUCAUAAACCCGGGCACUUUCGUGCCGCUCGCGUUCUCCGUCGACGGGCACACGCUGACAGUGAUCGAGGGUGAUGGCACGCCAGUCGAGCCCGUCGAGGUCUCGAGCGUGUCAGUGGCAGUCGCGCAGCGCUACUCCGUGCUCUUGAAGACGAACCAGACCGCGGGCGCAUACUGGAUGCGUGCGGCACUCGACACCACCCAGUUCACCUAUGACAACCCAGGAUGCCAGACAGAAAUUCGCGGUGUCAUUCGGUAUGGCGUAGACAACGACGCGAUGCCGGAUGUCUCCCUCCUCGACAACCCUCCGGCCCUCCCGAGCGGCUCGCCUGGAGAGCUGGACACAGAUAACCUUGUCCCCGUAGGAGGCGGGCCCGCGCCAGAUCCGACCUUGACGGUGUACUUCACGAUGUCGAUGGAGUACCCAGAGGGCGAAGAUGAAUCGACCUCGAGAUAUCUCGCGUUCAUCAAUCAAACGUCAUGGGAACCCCUGAGCAACACCUCGAGUCUGUUCAGCCACCUAGGCAACUCGACGCCCACGGGCUCGUCGGACUUCGGCGGCUCGCAGCUCAUGACCACCGUCAACGACUGGUCUGUAGUCGAUAUGAUCAUCGACAACCUAGACGAUGGGGAUCAUCCGUUCCAUCUGCACGGAUACAAGUUCUGGAUUAUGGACGGUGGCGAUGGACGAUGGCAAGGCCAGACACCAAACAACACCGCACCGAUGUUCCGUGACACGGUUGUCAUCCCCGCGUACAAUUGGAUGAUCCUCCGUUUCGUCGCAGACAACCCAGGCUACUGGCCCUUCCACUGUCACAUUGGAUGGCACAUGUCGGCAGGGCUGCUCUUCCAGUUCAACAUCUUACCUUCCAAGAGCGCGCAGUUCCAGAUCCCGCAGUAUAUGCUCGACAUGUGUGGGAGGUAG